AUGCAAGUAGUUACUAUUAUACUACUACUCCUUCUUUGUAAAGCAUCUGACUGUAGGAAGGCAAGGAACAGGAGUCCGAGAAACCAUGGAAGGGAAAACAUCUUAAGGAAAGCACCUAGCACUGCUAAGCGCAGUGCCAGAGGCUUCCCAUGUGAAAUAUACACUUAUCUUCAUGAGAAAUAUCUAGAUUGUCAGGAAAGAAAGCUGAGUUUUGUGGCACCUGAUUGGCCAGAAGAUUUAAAACACAUGCUGCUUGCAAGAAACAGGAUUCGUAAACUGAAGAACAAUAUGUUUUCCCAGUAUAAAAUAUUAAAAAGUCUGGAUUUACAACAGAAUGAGAUAUCCAAAAUUGAGAGUGAGGCUUUUUUGGGGUUGAAUAAGCUUACUACACUCUUGCUUCAGCAUAACCAAAUUAAGAGUUUAUCUGAGGAAAUUUUCAUUUAUACACCUAGUCUAAACUACCUGCGUCUUUACGACAAUCCGUGGCAUUGCAACUGUGAACUAGAAACUCUCAUUACAAUGCUGCAAGUUCCAACAAACAGGAAUCUGGGAAAUUAUGCCAAGUGUGUGCACCCAACAGAACUGAAAAAUCAAAAGCUAAAGCAGAUAAAAGUUGAACAGCUGUGUAAUGAAGAGGACAGGCAGGAGCCUCAAAACAUAAAGCAGAAGCCUGAAGCUGUCAAACCAGAAUUUGAUUCCUCUUUGUGCCAUAUGUAUGUAUUUCCUGCACCAACGCUGAACUGCCAAAGGAAAGAUUUAAAGAAAGUUCCAGGUAACAUACCUCCAGACAUAGUUAAACUUGACUUGUCCAACAACAAAAUUAGACAGCUACGCGCCAAAGAGUUUGAAGAUGUCAGUGAACUGAAGAUACUAAACCUGAACAGUAAUGGAAUAGCUUACAUUGAUCCUGCUGCUUUCUCAGGCCUCAAUAACUUAGAGGAGCUGGAUCUAUCAAACAACAGCUUACAGAAUUUUGAAUAUGGAGUACUAGAAGAUCUUUACUUCCUGAAAAUACUGUGGCUGAGAGAGAAUCCUUGGAGAUGUGAUUAUAAUAUUCAUUACCUUUUCUACUGGUUGAAGCAUCACUACAACGUUCAUUACAAUGGCCUUGAGUGCAAAAUGCCUGAGGAAUACAAAGGCUGGUCUGUUGGAAAAUACGUUCAGAGUUACUAUGAGGAGUGUCCAAAAGACAAGCUGCCCACUUAUCCAGAAACUUUUGAUCUGGACAAAGAGGAUGAGGAGUGGGAACGACACAAAGAACAAUCAGUUCAGACAGUGAAAAAGCAUGGUGUGAUUGUCACUGUGAUAGGCUAA